CUGGCGCCUGCGCACUUGGUGUCUGCCGCUGCUGUGGUCCCGCGCCCCGCCCCCCUCGUUCUCCAGCCCCCUAGGUUCGCGCUCAGCGGCGGAGGUGGCUGUGCAGCCAGCAACGGACGCCCUGAGUUAAAGGUGAGGGGCGCGGGGCCGCCGCCCACGGCGGGGCCGGCGCACCUCUCCCACCAUCUGGGGGUCCCCCAUCUGCCCCCGAAGGCUAACGGCAGUGCGUGCGGUCGAACGCGGCCCAGAGGUAGGGAGCAGAAGCGAGGAGGCGCGCUCCCAGGGACGAGCGGGGCGCUGCGAGGGAAGGCGCGCCCACUAGCUGCCUGUCGGCCUCUCCCGACCCCACCUGCACGGCGGUGCGAGGACCCUUGGUGAGACUCCUGGCUGUGGCCUAUGGGCCUCUGUGGAGGCGUUGUAAGUCUUCCCAGCUUCCCACUUGCUGUGUUAGCACUCAAUGGGAAGGGAACCAAGGUACCAGGCCAAGUGGGUCCAGACAUUGACACAGAAUCUGAGCGGGCGGGCCAGGCUUUGUUCAGCUGUCAGCCAUAGCCUCCAGACAGUACAAGGAUGGAAGUCAAAGGUCAGCUGAUCAGCUCUCCUACCUUCAAUGCCCCAGCUGCCCUGUUUGGAGAGGCAGCCCCCCAGGUGAAGUCAGAGCGUCUUCGAGGGCUGCUUGACCGCCGGCAGGCCCUGCAAGAGGCCCUGAGGCUGAAACUUCAAGAGCUCAGGAAAGUGUGUCUGCAGGAGGCGGAGCUAACUGGCCAGCUGCCCCCCGAGUGCCCACUGGAGCCUGGGGAACGUCCUCAGUUGGUACGCCGGAGGCCCCCUGCUGCUCGUGUCUACCCUCCACCACACCCAAACCCAACUCACCACGCCUUGUGUCCUGCUGAGGAACUGGCUCUUGAGGCCCUGGAGCGGGAGGUGUCAGUGCAGCAGCAGAUUGCAGCCGCUGCCCGACGCCUGGCCCUGGCCCCUGACCUGAGUGGAGAGCAGAGGCGGCGCCGGCGCCAGGUACAGGUUGAUGCACUUCGGAGGCUGCAUGAGCUGGAGGAGCAGCUCAGGGACUUCCGAGCCCGCCUUGGCCUCCCGGUGCUCCAGCUGUCUGCCGGAGCACCAGUCAAUGCCCAGGGUGUCUGCCUGGGCACACGCCUUGCUCAGCUCAGCCAAGAGGAUGGAGUUCUGCACUCGGAAAGCAGCUCCCUCUCAGAGUCCGGGGCCAGUCAUGAUAAUGAGGAUCCUCAUAGCUGCUUCUCUCUAACCGAGCGCCCCUCACCACCAAAGGCCUGGGACCAGUUUCGGGCAGUAUCUGGGGGGAGCCCUGAGCGGCGAGCCCCAUGGAAACCUCCCCCAUCAGAUAUUUACGGGGACCUGAAGAGCCGGCGCAACUCUGUGGCCAGCCCCACCAGCCCCACACGCUCGCUGCCCAGGAGUGCCUCCAGUUUUGAGGGGCGAAGUGUGCCUGCCACCCCUGUCCUCACCCGGGGCACUGGCCCCCGGCUCUGCAAACCCGAAGGCCUCCAUUCUCGCCAGUGGUCCGGUAGUCAGGACUCCCAGAUGGGCUUUCCUCGGCCUGACCCAGCUUCGGAUCGGGCCUCCCUCUUCGCAGCUCGCACCCGCCGCAGCAACAGCUCUGAGGCCCUGCUGGUGGACCGGGCAGCUGCUGGGGGAGCUGUAUCUCCACCUGCCCCCCUGGCUCCCCCUGCUGCUGGUCCCCCAGUCUGCAAAAGCAGUGAGGUGCUGUAUGAGCGCCCCCAACCAGUCCCUGCCUUCUCCUCCCGCACCGCUGGCCCCCCAGACCCUCCUCGGGCUGCCCGGCCUAGCUCAGCUGCCCCUGCAUCCCGUGGGCCCCCUCGGCUCCCACCUGUAUGUGGAGACUUCCUCUUGGACUAUUCAUUGGACAGGGGCUUGCCCCGUGGUGCUGGUGGGGCAGGUUGGGGGGAUCUGCUGCCUGCUCCUGAAGUCCCAGGACCCCUUUCCCGCAGAGAUGGGCUCCUUGCCAUGCUCCCUGGUCCUCCACCCAUAUAUGCAGCUGACGGCAGCAGCCCCCUUCUCCGCAGCAAAGACCCCAACACCCGUGCCAUCCGUUCCAAGCCCUGUGGCCUGCCCCCAGAAGCUAUGGAGGGUCUGGAAGUGCACCCCAACCCGUUACUCUGGGUGCCACCACCCGCCCGGCUACCUCCAGCUGGUGAGCGAGGUGGCCAUAAGAACCUUGCCCUGGAGGGGCUCCGGGACUGGUACAUCCGGAAUUCAGGACUGGCCAUGGGGCCCCAGCGCCGGCCUGUGCUCCCACAUGUGGGCCCAACACAAGUACCCUUCCUCCAUGCCCGCUGCUAUGAGGUGGGCCAGGCACUAUACGGUCCUCCCAGCCAGGCACCGCUCCCGCACUCGAGGAGCUUCACAGCACCCCCUGUCUCCGGCAGAUACUACACGGACUUCCUGUAUCCCCCGGAGCUGAGUGCUCGUUUAAGUGACCUGACGCUAGAGGGGGAGCAGUCUUCCAGUUCUGAUCCCCAGACCCCAGGGACAUUGGUCUGACCCUUCCUCAUAAGCCCCUUGUUGCUCUGGAAAUACUUCAGUCUGGGGAACACACGGUCGACCUCGCUGAGCCCUGAGAUGUGGUUGCUCUUGGUCCUGAGGGACAACUGCUUGGUCUCACAGGACCCCUGACUUCUUUUGGGCCCAGGAGGAUGUCCGAUACCCCUGCUUCUCUUCUCAUCCUGUGCUGGGGGACUGGAGGGCCCCAGCUAGCUUCAAAGAGGGGAUAAUGAUUUGGGGACUCUGCCCUUCCUCCAUUUCUGUUUACAGUUGUGAUUUAGUAUUUACUGUCUUUGCCCAACACUAGGGAUUUUCUAAAAGGGAAACUGUGAGCUCAUUCCUGGUUGGGUUCAUUCCUGUUCCUAUGCCCAGACUGUUCCAUUCAUGAGCCACUACCCCCGCCUCAACCAGAUGGACCAUAUAGAGUCUCGGGGGCUAAGAUACUGCUGUGAACAGAAAACUCCCUGCCUCCUCCCACUAGAGUUCUUGGGCAGAUGGGCUCCUGUCCACAUUUGAAGGAUGGAAGUCUAGGUGGGGUACCUGAAGGAGCUGUUGUCUCUGUCUCCGCCCAUGGCCUCUUUGCUGAGCUUCUCCAGGCAGGAGGCUGUAGAGGCUGUCAAGAAGCAGAGCCAUUUGAGUGUGCCACAUCCUGGGAUGCUGCAGUGGUUAAACCCUCAGGUGACAUCUGGCCAUGGGCCACAAGGCCGCAUCGUGUCCUCCUUGGCAUUCCUUCUAUUUACCACUUUUUAAACGAAUCCACAUAAGCUGUGUUUUCUAUAUUGUCUGUGACUUUCUGGAGCUGGGGGUUCCCCUACCCCCUUACCUGGUGUUACAUUUUCUUUUUGUACCGAUGGAUCUGGGCCCAAGACACUACCCACACUGGAAGGGGAUUUCUAUAAUAAAUAUAUAAACUGA